GCUUUAAUGCAUUUUCCGGGUUUCUAACAAAUAAUUCAAUCGAGUAGAGAACGCGUGACGCCUGGCGAAUGGAGAGAGUCAGUACAGAGAGAGAGAGAGAGAGAGAGAGAGAGAGAGAGAGAGGCAUCUACUCCUCCAAAAACAGAAAAUGCGCAAGAGCGGCUCCUCCUGAAACGUGCUCGUAUCCUGCUAUGCCCCAAAUAGAGCUCGUUUAAGGCGCAAGGCAAGACAAGCUGCCGCAGCUGCGCUCUAGGCUUCGCUGAGUGUGUUGUAUAGGUCCCUGCGCCGCCCGCGAGGACACGCGGAGCCCCCGCUAGCAGCCGCCGUGUUCGCGUUGACCAGCACGAGCUCACCGCGCCGGAGGCGAUGGGAUCUGACCGGCAUACUGAUACGGCUCGCGACCUCAGGACCGAGCAGCGCGUCUAAAUCGCCAGCACCACUCUAGCUCUCUCUCACUAUCACGCUUUCUCCUUCUCGUCCUCCUCACGCUCUUUGUUCAUCUCUCCUCCGCCUCUAUCCUCCCACCUACUCCGCAUUUGAAAAGGGUGAAAAUAAACCAGAUUUUUUCCGCGUUUUUGCGUGAAUAGCGUUUUGAUGUUGGUGACAGAGCCGCGCAUGCGUGGCUGUGUUGUCGGAAUUGCGGGUCUGCUUCAGAAUAAGUUUAUUUCUCUAAUCUUCAUCUCUGUGCUCGGAGUGAGUGAUGUGGACGACUCGAGACCGUUGGCGCACGGGGAUUCUCUCUCUCCCGGUGCUAGUCACCAUGGUUCUGGGCGCGCAGAGCCCGAGCGAACCUAGCAACAUGUCAUACGUCAAAGUCACCGUGGAUAAACUGCUGAAAGGCUACGACAUACGACUGAGGCCAGACUUUGGAGGUCCCCCUGUUGACGUCGUCAUGAGCAUUGACAUCUCCAGCAUUGAUAUGGUAUCAGAAGUGAACAUGGACUAUACCAUCACCAUGUACUUCCAGCAGUCGUGGCGGGACAAGCGUUUGUCCUACACAGGGAUUCCUCUCAAUCUGACACUUGACAACCGCGUCGCUGAUCAGCUCUGGGUGCCUGACACCUACUUCAUAAACGACAAGAAAUCCUUUGUUCACGGAGUCACUGUCAAGAACCGCAUGAUACGACUGCACCCAGAUGGAACUGUUCUCUAUGGACUCAGGAUCACGACCACUGCCGCCUGUAUGAUGGACCUGCGCAGAUAUCCCCUAGAUGAACAGAACUGCACCUUGGAGAUCGAGAGCUACGGCUACACCACGGACGACAUCGAGUUCUACUGGCAGGGCGGUCAGUCGGUGAGGGGCGUGGAGGGCAUAGAGCUGCCUCAGUUCUCCAUCAUUGACUACCAAACCCUGUCCAAGAAAGCUGUAUUUGCCACAGGUUCGUACCCCCGUUUGUCUUUGAGUUUUAAGCUGAAGAGGAACAUCGGCUACUUCAUCCUGCAGACCUACAUGCCCUCCACCCUGAUCACCAUCCUAUCCUGGGUCUCCUUCUGGAUCAACUACGACGCCUCCGCUGCUCGGGUGGCUUUAGGGAUCACUACUGUGCUGACCAUGACCACCAUCAACACGCACUUGCGCGAGACGCUGCCCAAGAUCCCCUAUGUGAAGGCCAUCGACAUCUACCUGAUGGGCUGCUUCGUGUUUGUGUUCCUGGCCCUGCUGGAGUACGCGUUUGUCAACUAUAUCUUCUUCGGCCGUGGGCCCCACCUGCAGAAAAGGAAGGCCGAGAAUGCUGCCAAGAGCACCAACGAGAAGCAGCAGCGCAUGGAUGCCAACAAGGUCCAGGUGGACGCUCACGGGAACAUCCACCUGGCCAACAUGGACCUGCGGAAUGAGAUGACCGGCGUGGAGAUGCUGGGCGGCCUGGGUGGCACCAACACCAUGUUCUCCUACGACAGCGCCAGCAUCCAGUACCGCAAGCCGCUGACGGGUCGCGACCUGUACGGCCGGCCCACACCCUCGCUGGAGCGGCCCAUCGGGCCCAAGAAGAGCCGCCUGCGCCGCCGGGCCUCGCAGCUGAAGGUCAAGAUCCCCGACCUGACGGACGUCAACGCCAUCGACAAGUGGUCGCGUGUCAUCUUCCCCAUCACCUUUACCUUCUUCAACCUGGUCUACUGGCUCUACUAUGUGCACUAGACGCUCCCAACCCCCCCACCCCUGCUCUUGUUGGCCGCUCUGGGCUCUGCUCGCCAUGUCUGUCUGGCAAAGGAGUCGCUGCGUGUCGGCCAUCAUUUAAUUGUGACUUACUUGGAGGUGGAAGGAACAAGUCCCAAAACAGGAAAAAGGUUCUUUUCAGUGUACAUACAUUUGAAUAUAUAAAAAUAUAAAGACCUAUAUAAAUAUAUAUAUAUAUAUGACAAAAAGAAAAUUAUAAUUUAAAAGAGGAGAACAAAUGUUUAAAAAGAAAUGUAAUUUAUUAAUAAUUUCUCUUUAUCUUGGCUUUUACUCUGUUCAUUCAUAGAGAUAGUCUAGUUAACAUUAGUCCAGAGAAUUAAGACACAAACUCGACUCAGCACCUGCAUUUGUGCCAAACACGGAUCGCAGAGACUGAUCUUCAUCACGCAAUGGCUUUUUCCCCCCCUGCAGGGAGACUCAUGCUCAUCCACACACACACACACACACACACACACACACACACACACACAAACACAAACAUACA